CUUAAAGAAGCGUCGCAUGAGAUUGGCCAAGUUGACUAGCUUCCCGAUUCUUAUCGAUAGCGAGGCUCCAGCCACUAGCACAGCCACGUGUGAUGCGCCACAACCCUGGUGGUUCCUUCCAUCUCUAUUUGCAAAGGAAAACAGUUGAUUUGAACAUACGGCUUCAGCAAACUCUUCUCCCAAUCCAACUUCAUCAUUGUCAUACAACAAGAUCCUUCGUCCAGGUCCAUCGAGGUCGUAUUAUCUCAUUCAUCCCCGCCUCCAUCGACACAUCCACCAAUUGAAACAUAGUCCAAGACCCUACUCACCUCAUAAGGACUUCCACUCCAACAACAAGCACUCACAUCAUCCGUCAAUAUGCCAGACAGAGAGCUCCCCUCGGACACGCUGCUCAUCAUCAUGAUCUGUUUGGCGUGGCCCCCCGGUGCUGUUUACCUCAUGAAGGGUUGUGGCUCAGAGGUUGCAAUUUGUGUCGCCUUGAGCAUGCUAUUGUCAGUCUCCUUGAUUUUGCCGCUUCCCAUCGUAAACUAACCUUUGAGGGAAUAGCAUCUUCCCCGGCGUCUGGUAUGCCGUCCACAUGGCCGUACAUCGUCC